AUGGAUUCACCCAUGCCGGUAUUGCACCAAUCCAGCUUCCAAGCUUGCAGUGCUAUCUCCCCCAUUGGCCAAUGUUACAAGGCAUUCCCAAGCAACUGCUUUUCAUCCACUGUACUAGCUUCUCCGCUCUUUGCAUGCGUUCUUUCGCAGCUACUCCUACAAUAUACACAAGGAGGUGGAGUCCUCCCUAAAGCACAACCAUCGGAAGAAAAAGAGGUCCGUGGGGCUUCUGUUUUGAAAAAAUGUAAAGGGAAUGGGGUGUCGAGAGGUCUGUGA